AUGUUUGGUGGUCGUUCCAACAGCUCCGCCACCACUCGCCUCACCGUCCACUUCGGCUCCGCCAUGAUCGACACCACCGUGACCCGCGACGCGGCGGUCGCCGACGACUGGGUCCGCACCGUGCGCGCGGCGAACCCGCGUGGCGCCCGUCUCAUCGUCGGCCUGGACUGCGAGUGGAAGCCCAACUACCGCAGCUGGACGACCUCCAAGGUGGCCAUCCUCCAGCUCUGCGCCGGCACCCGCUGCCUCGUCCUCCAGCUCCUCUACGUCGACCGCGUCCCGGCGUCCGUCAGGAGCUUCCUCGCCGACCCCGACGUGCUGUUCGUCGGCAUCGGCGUCGGCGAGGACGUGGCGAAGCUGGACGCCGACUACGGGCUCACGUGCGCGGCGCACGUUGACUUGGAAAGCCGCUGCAACGACUACCUGGGCCGCUACACUGGAGUGGGGAGGAGGCUGGGGCUCAAGGGCUACGCAGAGGAGGUGCUGGGGCUGUUCAUGGAGAAGCCACGCGGUGUCACCAUGAGCAACUGGGAGAAGCAUGACCUCGAGGAGGCACAGAUCCGGUAUGCAUGCAUCGAUGCGUACGUGUCUUACAAGCUCGGAGAGAAGGUCUUGGCCUACUGA